AUGGGUCCCAAACAAAAGGGAGGCGGCUCCAAGUCGCGGGGUAAUGCGACAGAGGAGGUGGAAGAGACCCUGCAGGCUGUGGUCCUCGCGGAUACCUUCGAAACUAGAUUCGAGCCCUUUACUCUUGACAAGCCCCGGUGUCUCCUACCGCUGGCAAACACACCCUUAAUCGAAUAUACGCUGGAAUUCCUGGCCAACGCCGGCGUCGAGGAUGUCUUUCUAUACGCAGGUGCUCAUUCCGAUCAAUUAGAGAAAUACAUCAAUGCCUCCAAAUGGAAAGCCUCGUCCUCGCCCUUCAAGCAAUUGACCUUCCUCAAAUCCGUUAGUAGCAGUGUUGGAGAAGUAAUGCGAGACUUGGAUUCCAAGCACCUCAUCACAGGAGAUUUCCUCGUUGUCAGCGGCGAUGUCAUCAGCAACCUGCCCAUCGAAGCCGCUCUGAAGAAGCACCGGGCCCGCCGCGAAGCUGACAAAAACGCGAUCAUGACUAUGGUUCUACGGGAAGCUGGCCGAAACCACCGCACCAAAUCCACCUCAAUCUCUCCGGUUUUCGUGAUCGACCCUACCAAAGACCGCUGCCUUCACUACGAAGAGAUUGAUCACAACUCCGAGGAGAGCCAUGCUCGCUUGAACAUCGAUGCCGAAAUUCUUCUGACACAUGCCGAGCUUGAUAUCCGGCAAGACUUGAUCGACUGCAGCAUCGAUAUCUGCACACCAGACGUUCUGGGCCUCUGGUCUGAUAGUUUCGACUACCAAAGUCCGCGGAAGCAUUACCUGUUCGGUGUGUUGAAGGACUACGAACUGAACGGCAAAACAAUCCACACACACAUCAUCAAGGACGCUUAUGCUGGUCGAGUCCGCAACUUGAAAGCAUAUGAUUCUAUCAGCAAGGACAUUGUCUCCCGAUGGACUUAUCCUCUGUGCCCCGACACCAACUUACUCCCCGGACACACCUAUGAUCUGCGCAAGGGCAGUUUGUACCAAGAGCAGGGCGUUUUUCUUGCCCGAUCCUGCGUUAUUGGCCGUCGCACGGUAAUUGGACGCGGUACUAGCAUCGGCGACCGAACAACAGUCCACUCUACUACCCUGGGCCGCAACUGUAAGAUCGGAAAAAAUGUUAAGCUGGAGGGAGCCUAUAUCUGGGACAACGUCGUUGUCGGAGACGGUUCUGAUAUUCGUGGCGCGAUCAUCGCAGAUGGUGUCGUCAUUGGCAAGAAUUGUACCAUCGAGUCCGGCGCUCUUCUCUCAUACGGCGUGAAAAUCGCCGAUGGCAUCAAGGUGGAAUCUGGCAAGCGCAUCUCCAAAUCCAAGCGUGAUGGUAGCGCAGCUCCCACUGACGUGGAGGUGGUCGGUGAAGGCGGAGAGGGAUAUGAGUUCAUCCAAGGCGAGGAUGAAGAUGAAGACGAGGAUGAUAUUAGUGUCGCAUCCUCUGGACUCGUGUAUCGCAUGCCGGGACUUUCGCUCUCCUCUGCCUCAAUCUCUACAUUGUCAUCCGAAAUGUCAGAGGGCUCCUGGGGACGCUCUGCCCGAAGCAGUUUCUCUGACAGCGCCGAGCAAGACAAUUUCAAUGCCGAUGCAACAGGCAGCGUCCUGGAGAGUCUGCGUGAGGGUGUCUCUGCCGACGUGGUGCAGCUCGAGCUUGUUAGUUUGCGUAUGACUGCCAAUGCCUCGGACACUCAGGUUCGCCGGUCGAUUGUCACAUCAUUCAUGCAAUACAUCGAGGAGCUCAUGGCCAAGGGCAAGGGUGCCAGUCAAGCCAUCCACCAGGUCUUCUCGCAGUACUCCGAGGUUGUGGACCGAACUUUGUUCGAUCGGAAUAAGGAUGAAAAGAAAGAUCAGGUUGAUCUACUUCUUCAGCUCCAGCAGGACUUGGUCAGCCGGGAGAAGGGUGAUACAGUUCUUCUGUUUACGGCGAAGGAGCUGUAUGAACUCGAGCUGGUAGACGAAGAGGCAUACGAGCAGUGGUGGAAUGAUGAACGGUCCAGCGGGAGCGAGGAGAUGAAGAAGGUGCGCAGUCAGGCACAGCAGUUUGUGCAGUGGUUAGCCGAUGCGGAGGAGGAAGAAAGUAGUGAGGAAGAUGAUGAGGAUGAGGAUGAGGAUGGGGAUGAGGAAGAGAGCGACGAUGAGUGUGAUGGUGAUGUCUCAGGCAUCCAACGGGAUCUCCCGCACUGGCGGAUCACUUUGGAAGCAACACCUCCAGGACUGGGCUCUAGCAAAUAUCCUAUGAAGACUGAGACCGAUCCACCUGUGCCAUUUCCCCACUCCCCCUCCGAACCACCACUCGAACCGCUCAAUUUUCCCGGUGACGUUGUGGCUCACCCUCUUUUCAAACCCCUUCACCCCGGCUUCCUGCCACCCAUUUCCAUCACGCCUCCUUCUACGCGGAAGAGAAAGGCAGCCGAGGCGGCGAUUACGGACGACCAGCCUCACACCGAAUCCGCCACCAAGGCUGCCCACGGAGACCCCCCCCUUGUCGGUCGCUCGCGCAAGCCCAAGCCCAAGCCCAAGCCCGCCUCGACGGGUCCCGCGACCACCUGCCCCCAGUCCACCGAGUCGGGCAAUUCUACGAGUUCCACCGGUUUGAAGAAGAGGGAGCUCGCUACCCCCGCGACCACUGAAGCCAGUAUGGACUCGGACGACGAUUUCAUGAGCGAUGUCUCUAGUCAGGACGACUUCUUGGACAUGCAGGGGAGUGAUGAUGAGAGUCUAGGCGAAGAAAUCGAACGCGAGCAGCUUGUACAAAUUAACGAAGUUUCCGCUAUCCUUGGCCUCCCCCCAGAGUCGGCUGCAAUCCUCAUGCGGUUUGGUCGAUGGAAGCAGGAGAAACUGAUUGAGGGGUACAUGGAGCGCCCGGAGGAGACAUUAGAAGAAGCUGGGUUGGGAAACAACUUUGAAGGCACCGCGAAAACGGAGGUCGUUCCGGGUUUCAGCUGUGAGAUUUGUUGUGAGGAUGGCGAUGACGUCGAGUCGUAUGCGAUGCGCUGCGGGCACCGGUUUUGCGUCGACUGCUACCGGCACUAUCUCGGACAAAAGAUUAAGGAAGAAGGAGAAGCCGCCCGGAUUCAAUGUCCCGGAAACAAAUGUCAUCGCAUCGUCGAUUCGAGGUCACUUGAUCUGCUUGUUACGGACGAGCUCAAGGACCGGUAUCGCACACUACUCACACGAACCUACGUCGACGAUAAAGAUAAUCUACGAUGGUGCCCGGCACCAAACUGCGAGUAUGCUGUUGACUGUGCAGUAAAAGCCCGCGACCUGCGACGCAUAGUCCCAACCGUUCGGUGCAGAUGUAAACAUGAAUUCUGUUUCGGCUGUUCUGUUGCCGAUCAUCAGCCCACCCCGUGUACACUGGUCAAGAUGUGGCUCCAAAAAUGCGAGGACGACUCCGAGACUGCCAACUGGAUAUCCGCCAACACCAAAGAGUGCCCCAGAUGCGUAUCUACGAUUGAAAAGAAUGGCGGUUGUAAUCAUAUGACCUGCCGUAAGUGCAAACACGAAUUCUGCUGGAUGUGCAUGGGUCUCUGGUCCGAACAUGGCACCAGUUGGUACAACUGCAACCGCUUUGAAGAAAAGUCUGGACAUGAUGCUCGCAGUGCCCAAGCUAAGUCGCGCGCGUCUUUGGAGCGCUAUUUGCAUUACUAUAACCGCUAUGCCAACCACGAGCAAUCGGCAAAGCUGGAUAAGGACCUUUACCUCAAGACCGAGAAGAAGAUGACUAGCCUGCAAUCACAAUCCGGACUAUCCUGGAUCGAGGUUCAGUUCCUCGACACAGCAUCGCAAGCACUGCAACAGUGCCGUCAGACCUUGAAGUGGACAUACGCUUUUGCGUUCUACCUCUCGCGGAACAACCUCGCGACAAUCUUCGAGGAUAACCAGGCUGACCUGGAGAUGGCCGUGGAGAACCUCAGCGAGAUGUUCGAGAAACCAGUCUCGGAACUCGCUGACCUUAAGGUGGAUAUUCUGGAUAAAACCGCAUACUGCAAUAAGCGCCGGGUCAUCUUGUUGAGCGACACCGCCGAGAACUUGAAAAAUGGAGAAUGGUCGUUCAAUGUCGAGUGGUAG